AUAGUUUACGAGACACAUCGUAUGUGUUGGGUGGCGUGCAGAUCGGGCUCGUACAGAAUCGAGAAUCCAUUAAGAGAAAAAAAAACUAAUAAAAAUAUGAUUGAAAGUUUGCACUAAUAUUGAUAUUAAGCGAGUGGCAAGAAAUAAAUAUUUGUUGUGUUGUUAGAAACUCUUAUUAACAUCUUUAGUGGUUUGUAACCUUCAGUAAUUAAAUGAAGAAUAUUCCCAUGUUGCUUUUUUUACUUAUAAAAGAAUGAAUAAUAGUGCGCUGAAAUACUAUUGACUUUUUAUGAUUUAGACAUGGUAUUGACACUGGCCAGAAUACUGUAUGGCAGAUGCUAUGUGCAUCUUUUCUGUGCCCUUAUUAGCCUUCACUGACUACUAGUGGAGGAAGCAUAUGAAAUUGGCUUGUAAAGAAUAUUGAGUUUGACUGAAAUUAAAAGAAUAGUCUGGAUAUUUGUACCACUAAGUAUGCAUAAGCUGAAGGGGUCUCCAAAAAUAAUUGUAUUCCUUUUUUACUUCUUGUGUCUUUUGAGAGAGACUUCUGGUAUGUGCCCAGUUCGUUGUCAAUGCAAUGAUGAUGUUCUUAAAGUGGAUUGUGACUCUGCCAAUUUGGACGGUGUUCCCAUAACACUGAAUCCUGAGUUACAGGAAUUACGACUCAGUAACAACCUCAUCAAAACUAUUCGGACAUAUUUUAACGUUUAUCGUAAUUUAGAGUUUUUAGACUUAUCUAUUAAUCAUAUACAAACAUUAGAUAAUGAUAGUUUUGUUGAUCUCCGCCAUUUAAAAAUUAUUCUUUUAAAUCGUAAUAUGAUAACUACCCUUCAAAAUGAUACUUUCAAGGGUUUAGGUACUUUAGAAGUAUUGCAUUUAAAUGAAAAUUACUUGCAAGAACUAUCUGCUAAAGUUUUUGUGCAGUUAGAGAAUUUAGAAACCUUAGACCUCAGCCAAAACAGUAUAUCUAACAUUGAUCCAGAAGCAUUCUUUGGGUUAAAAAAACUGAAGACUUUAUUUUUACGUGAUAAUAAGUUAGCUAACAUUCCUAGCACUCCAUUCCAAUACCUUUCCAAAUUAAUCAAAUUGGAUUUGGGAUUUAAUCCUUUGCAAAACAUUCCGGACGGUGCUUUUUCAGUAUUAAAUUCUUUGCAAGAACUCUCUUUAGAUGGAUGUGGCAUUCGAAAUAUUCAUCUUGAAGCUUUUAAAUGGUUAAAUUCUCUUCUCAUACUUCGUAUUCAGGAUAAUGAUCUGUAUGAAGUACCAACAAAAGCGUUGUAUAAAGUUAUCCGUCUUGAAGAGCUAAAUAUUGGGCAAAAUAAAUUUCAAGAACUUAAAGCCAAGUCAUUUGAUAGACUAAAGUAUUUGCACACUAUUGAGAUUAAUGGUUGUCCUCUUCUAAACAAUAUUGAGAAAGAUACAUUUUCAGAAAAUACUAACCUAAAAACAAUUAUCAUUACCCAUAAUAAAGAGUUGAAACACCUUGAGGAUGGAACAUUUGACAAUCUACCAAAUAUCCAGUAUGUAAGUUUCCGCGGAAAUUCUUUUGAGUCAAUCCCGAAUAAUUUACUCUCGUGGGACGAACUGCAAGUGCUGGAUGUCCGAGAUAAUCCUCUUGUGUGCAACUGUAGUCUUUUUUGGUUGUGGAAACUUCUCGUGACAAAAAAUUUCUCAGCUAGUGAUGGUGAUACUACACAAGUAGUUUGUGCCAAUCCUCCGUCUUUGAAGGGUAAAGUCCUCUCUAAUUUGCCUCAUGAUGAUUUAGACUGUUAUAACAUAGAUGCUCAACGUCAACUGAUAAUUGGAUUGAUCGUUGCAGCAUCGAUUGCUGCUGCAAUAUUUGUUGUUUUGGGAUUCAGAUAUAGAGAUAAGUUGUCUGGAGUUCUUAAAACAAAAUGGGGUAGAAAGGAGCCACAAUAUCAGAAGACUUGUGCUGAAGAAGAAAGUACUAUUCUUCAAGCGGCUCAACAAUCUCUAAAAAUGACGCCUGUGACAGAGCUGUGAUCUGUUUUUGCCCUUUUUCAUUGCAUUUAUGUUAGUAUAUACUACUAAUCAAUAGAAGAGUUUUCUUCAGUGUCUUUAUUACGUCAUUCCAAAAGUGUGUUCAUUAUGAACGCAGCAUUUUGAACUUAAAUGUUUUGAAGAGAACAUUUUAGUAAAUACAUUGUGUGAUAAAUAUCAUAAAAAUUCAUAUAGUUAUGAAAAAUCAUUUAGUUUAGAAUCUUCAUUGUAAAUGUAAAAUUUUCUAUAUACUAUAAUGUGUGAGAGUCUCUUUGUUUGCAUUAUUGGUAGUCAUUAAAAUGUAAUUACAGAAUGAAUGAUACUAGAGGUUUGAUUCCUAAAGAAAGAGCUUGCAUAUAUUUUUUUUUCCUUAUUUCUAAAAUAAAUUGCUUUAGGUUUUUAUUAUCAAGCAUGCUCUCAUUAUUUUAUCUUUUAACAUUUUUCUAUUUCAUUUUUGUUUCUUAAAUAAAGUUUUUGAUAAAGCCUAA